AUGCCUGCAUCGAGGAAAAGCCUGACAUCGGAGGAGUUCGAAGAGAUGAGGCUCACACUCCACUUCCUAUGCGGCGAUAUGACUGCGGUAAGAACACAGCAGGAGCAGCUAUUGGGCCUGCUGGAGGAAGUAAAACAACUACGCCUCCAGAACUUGGAAAAAGACCGGCGCAAUGUGGACCUGGAGCGGCGAGUGGAUGAGCUGGACCAAUACUCCCGCAUGAAUGAUGUGGUCAUCACCGGGCUCAAGAUCAAGCCGCGCUCCUACGCACGUGCAGUGGCCGCGGACAGCGGGAAGCCCAGCGUGCAGGAAACACAGUCGGUGGAGCAGCAGGUGGCUUCGUAUCUCCAGAGCAGGGGAAUAGAGAUGGUCCUGGAGCACAUCGAGGCUUUGAGGGAGGUGGACAACACGCUGACCAUCAUGAUUGCCUCAGCAGUGGGUGGAGCCAUCGCACUGCUCAUGGGCUUCAUGCUGCUGAAGAACUUCACUCUCUUUGUUCUUUCCAAGCUUGAGGAGAAAAAGUGGCUGCUGACCAAAAAAAAAAGCACCAUGAAAUGUUGGGUCCACUCUCUGUGGUGCGUAUUGGGCUCUUCUCCUUUCCCCUCCAUUCUUAGAGGGGCGGCAGGGCUGAAGAGACCUCCGGGGAGCACAGUCGCCAGUCCAGCACGGAGACCCACCUGGUGGAGGGGGGAAAAAAAGAAAAAAAAAGCUGCCCCUCACACUUGCCAGGAUUGUCAAAUAUUUCCGAAAAAUAUACCUGCUAUUUAUGGCAUGUGGCUUGUAACUUUACUCCUGCUGUACUCUCUCCAAGAAGUACACAGUGAGGAUGUGGGCUCUACCAGGCUGUACUUUGUGAACGCCUCCCUGCAGAGGGUAACCUACUCCAGCUCGGUGGGGGUGUCCCUACCCUGUCCAGCAGGGGGCACCCCCAGUGCCAUUCUACGCUGGUACCUGGCCACCGGCGACGACAUCUAUGACGUGCCACACAUCCGCCACGUGUAUGCCAAUGGCACCCUGCAACUGUACCCCUUCUCGCCCUCCGCCUACAACAGCUACAUCCACGACAACGACUACUUCUGCACUGCCGAGAACCAGGCUGGCAAAAUCCGCAGCCCCAACAUCCGCAUCAAAGCUGUUUUCAGGGAGCCCUACACCGUGCGGGUGGCGGACCAGCGCUCGAUGCGGGGCAACGUAGCUGUGUUCAAGUGCCUCAUCCCCACAGCUGUGCAGGAGUAUGUCAGCGUUGUGUCCUGGGAGAGAGACACUGUCUCCAUCGUCCCAGCUAACAGGUUCUUGCUGACCUCCUUCGGCGCUCUUUACAUCUCAGAUGUUCAAAAGGAGGAUGCCCUCUCCACAUACCGGUGCAUUACCAGGCAUAAAUACAGCGGGGAGACGCGCCAAAGCAAUGGAGCCAGGCUCUCUGUAAUGGACCCCAAUGAGUCCUCACCCACCAUCCUGGACAGUUUCCAAGGAGGGGAGGUGUAUGCAGGCCAGAGUAUCGAGCUCCCCUGCAUAGCGGGAGGUUACCCCAGCCCUACUGUGCGCUGGCUAAAAGAUGGCCGCCCACUGCCCUCAGACGCCCGCUGGACACGGCGUUUGACAGGCCUGACCAUCAGUGACCUGCGACAGGAAGACAGCGGCAACUAUGCAUGUGAAGUCACCAACAGCUUCGGCUCAAAGGAAGUGUCUGGACAGCUUCACAUAAUAGAUCCACUUCGAGUGACUUUGUCCCCCAAGAACCUGAAAACUGGCAUCAGCAGCACCCUCUUCUUCACCUGCACUGUGGAAGGUUCGCCUGAGUACACCAUCAGCUGGUACCGAAACACAGAACCCAUCUUCCCCGACCAGCACAUCUCCAUCCAGGGGCAACACAAUGACACGCUGCAGAUCACUGCAGCGCAGAAGUUCCAUUCUGGGGCCUACCAAUGUUUUGCUUCUCGCAAGGGUCACACAGCUCAGGACUUUUCCAUCAUUCUGCUCGAGGAUGGUACACCUCGUAUCAUGACGUCCUUCAGCGAGCGGGUGGUGAACCCCGGCGAGCCUUUCUCCCUCGUGUGCGAGGCCAAAGGAGCCCCGCCUCCCUCCAUCACCUGGACGCUAGAUGACGAGCCUGUAGUGAGAGACUCCACCUACAAGACCAGCCAGUACACCCAGUCGGACGGCCUGACCGUGUCCCACGUCAACGUCAGCAACCCGCUCAUCCGCGAUGGAGGAGUCUACCGUUGCGUCGCACGCAACUCGGCCGGCAGCGCCGAGUACCAAGCGCGCAUAAACGUAAGAGGUCCACCCCGAAUCAGACCCAUGCGCGACAUGACCGCAGUGGCGGGCAGGAACACGUACAUAACGUGCCGCGUCAUUGGGUACCCAUACUACUCUAUCAAGUGGCUGAAGGACGGCAUGCAGCUGCCCGAUAAUCACCGUCAAGUGUUGUUCGACAAUGGCACCCUAAGACUGACGGACGUGCAGAAGGGUGCCGAUGAGGGGACCUACUUGUGUAGUGUUCUGAUCCAGCCCCAGGUGUCAAUCAACCAGACCGUUCAUGUCACUGUCAAAGUGCCACCUCUCAUCCAGCCCUUCGACAUUCCCUCUACCUCAGUGGGGAAGCUCAUCUACAUUGCUUGUGUGGUGUCAUCCGGGGACAUGCCUAUACGCAUAACCUGGCACAAAGACGGCCAGCUCAUCGUGCCAGGCCCCAUCUCUGGCGUUGCGAUCGAAACCAAAGAGUUCAUGAGCUCCCUGCAGAUCUCCAAGGUGACGCUCAAGCACAACGGAAACUACACCUGCAUCGCCAGCAAUGCCGCCGCUACUGUCAGCUGGGAGCGGCAGUUGAUCGUUACCGUGCCCCCGCGUUUUGUGGUGCAGCCCAACAACCAGGACUGCAUCUACGGUAAAGCUGGUGUGCUCAACUGCUCUGUAGAGGGUUACCCACCUCCGAAGGUCAUGUGGAAACAUGCAAAAGGUGUAGGAAACCCCCAGCAGUACCACCCAGUCCCCCUAACUGGUCGGAUCCAGAUCAUGUCAAAUGGAUCUCUGCUGAUCCGACAUGUGCUUGAGGAUGACCGCGGAUACUACCUUUGUCAGGCCUCCAAUGGAGUAGGCUCCGACAUCAGUAAGAGCAUGAUCCUUACUGUCAAGAUUCCUGCCAUGAUCACCAGCCACCCCAACACCACAAUGGCGAGAAAGGGCCAAACCAAGGAGUUGAACUGCACAGCUCGUGGCGAGCAGCCCAUCAUCAUCCGCUGGGAAAGAGGGGACACGGUCAUCGACGCUGAGAGAAACCCCCGUUACUCAAUCACCAUCAACAAGAAGGGAGAUGAAGUCAUCUCCACCCUAAAGCUUAACCCAGCUGAAAGAGGAGAUUCUGUCUUCUUCUCCUGCCAUGCAAUCAACUCCUAUGGAGAAGGCAGAGGACUCAUCCAACUCACUGUGCAAGAACCACCGGAUCCCCCUGAGCUGGAAGUGAGGGAGGUGAAAGACCGAAGUAUGAACCUGCGCUGGAUCCAAAGAUUUGAUGGGAACAGCAUCAUAACAAGCUAUGACAUUGAGUACAAGAACAAAUCUGACUCCUGGGACCACAUGUAUACAACCAGGAACAUCUCACCCACCAACAACCAAGCCAACAUUGUGGAGUUGCACCCGGCCUGCGUUUACAGCAUCCGCAUGUAUUCCUACAAUAAGAUUGGGCGUAGCCUUCCAAGCAAAGAGCUGACCAUCAGUACAGAAGAAGCUCCACCCGACGGGCCGCCGAUGGAUGUAAUCCUGCAGCCUAUGACAUCACAGAGCAUUCGGGUCACAUGGAGGGCUCCAAAGAAAGAGCUGCAAAACGGUGUGAUCCGCGGCUACCAGAUCGGCUACAGAGAAAACGGGCCAGGCAGCAAUGGCCAGUACAGUAUUGUGGAGAUGAAGGCUACGGGAGACAGUGAAGUGUACACCUUGGACAACCUCAAAAAGUACGCCCAGUACGGAGUGGUGGUCCAGGCCUUCAACAGAGCUGGAACAGGCCCUUCUAGUACUGAAAUCAAUGCUACCACUCUGGAAGAUGUUCCCAGUGAACCCCCACAGAAUGUGAGAGCCAUCUCGGUGACUUCGGACGAAGCGGUGAUCACAUGGGCGGAGCCUCCACGGCUGACACUACACGGUGUGCUGAAAGGCUACCGGGUUGUGUUUUGGUCCCUCUUCCCCGACGGAGGUGGGUGCUGUGGGGGCCGGGCCCAAUGGCCAAUGCAGAAGUGGGGAGAGAUGCAGAACAUCACCACCACACGUGAACAGGUGGAGCUGCGAGGGCUGGAGAAGUUCACCAACUACAGUGUUCAGGUGCUGGCCUACACCCAGGCUGGCGAUGGGGUCCGCAGCAACGUCCUCUACAUCCAAACCCGUGAGGAUCUUCCUGGUCCUCCGGCUGGCAUCAAGGCAGUUCCCUCUUCUUUGAGUAGCGUGGUCGUGUCCUGGUUGCCUCCCCAGAAACCAAACGGUGUCAUCCGCAAGUACACCAUUUACUGCUCCAGUCCAGGAUCUGGACAGCCGGCGCCUAGCGAGUACGAGGCCAACCCAGAGAUGCUCUUCUACCACAUAACACACCUGAGUCGAGGCAAACAAUACCACAUCUGGGCUGCAGCCGUGACGACCGCCGGACGGGGCAACAUGAGUUCAAAGGUCAUCGUGGAGCCGGCCGGGAAAGUCCCAGCCAAAAUCUUGUCCUUUGGGGGUACUGUGACCACGCCCUGGAUGAAGGAAGUACGUCUGCCCUGCAAGUCUGUGGGAGAGCCAGCACCAACCAUCAAAUGGACAAAAGACAGUGAGGACUCGGCCAUCCCGGUGACAACUGACAGUCAGCGGCAAAUCUUAUCUAAUGGCACACUCGCGCUGCGCUCCGUCAAAGCAGAAGAUUCGGGCUACUACACCUGCACGGCCACCAACACCCUUGGAUUUGACACCAUCAUAGUCAAUCUUGUGGUGCAAGUUCCUCCAGACCAACCCCGUCUGACUGUCUCCACCACUUCCACCUCCUCCAUCACCCUGGCUUGGAUCCCAGGGGACAACGGCGGAAGCUCCAUAAGAGGAUUCGUGUUGCAGUAUUCAGUGGACAACACAGAGGAGUGGAGGGAUGUUUUUAUCAGCUCCAGUGAGCGUUCCUUCAGGCUGGACAAUCUGCGUUGUGGAACGUGGUACAAGGUCAAGUUGGCGGCCAAAAACAGCGUUGGCUCAGGGCGCAUCAGUGAGAUCAUUGAAGCUAAAACGCAUGGCAGAGAGCCUGUGUUCAACAAGGACCAGCCACUACUCACGCACAUCAACUCCACCCAUGCAGGCCUCAACCUGCAAGGCUGGACCAGCGGUGGCUGCCCUAUCACUGAUAUGAUGUUGGACUUUAGGCCCAAAGGCACUUGGGCCUGGCAGAGCUUGAAGGCCAACUCUACCACUCAGCUCUUCCUCAGUGAGCUGCGGGAGGCAACCUGGUAUGAGCUCAAAAUGAAGGCCUGCAACAGCGCUGGCUGCGGCAACCAGAGCUCCCAGUUUGCCACCACCGACUACGAUGGGAGCACAAUCCCUCCCAUUAAAUCUGCCCGUGGGGAGGGGGAUGAUGUCAAAAAGCUGUUCUCCAUCGGUUCCCCUGUCAUCCUGGUCACCAUCGGUGUCGCUUUACUCUUCAUCAUCCGCAAGAAACGCAAAGAGAAGCGGCUGAAACGCCUAAGAGAUGCAAAGAGCCUUGCUGAGAUGCUCAUCAGCAAGAACAAUCGCAGCAUCGACACCCCUGUGAAAGGUCCUCCUCAGGGUCCGAGGCUACACAUCGACAUCCCUCGAGUUCAGCUGCUAAUUGAAGACAAGGAAGGCAUCAAACAGAUCGGAGAAGACAAGGCAGCAGUGCCAGUGACAGACACAGAGUUCAGCCAAUCAGUGAAUCCACAGAACUUCUGCACAGGCGUGUCUCUUCAUCAUCAAGCCCUAAUCCAGAAUUCCGGACCUUUGAUUGACAUGUCGGACAUCCGUCCUGGCACAAACCCUGUGUCCAGGAAGAGCAUCAAGUCAGCACACAGCUCCAGAAACAGAUACUCAAGUCAGUGGACUCUGAGCCGGCCCAGUCAGAGCCAGUCUACAGCCUCCGCACGAACUCUGACCUCAGAUUGGCGGACUAUGGGCUCUCACGGCAUCACUGCCACUGAGAGCGACAGCUACAGCGCCAGCCUCUCACAAGACACAGAUAAGGGUCGCAACAGCAUGGUGUCUACAGAGAGCGCCUCAUCCACUUACGAGGAGCUGGCGAGGGCGUACGAGCACGCCAAGCUGGAGGAGCACCUGCAGCACGCCAAGUUUACCAUCACAGAGUGUUUCAUCUCUGACAGCUCCUCCGACCAAAUGACCACAGGCACCAACGACCCGGCAGACAGCAUGACCUCCCUCAGCACGCCGUCUGAGCCUGGCAUCUGCCGCUUCACAGCUUCACCGCCUAAACCGCAGGACUACGACCGCGGUAAAAACGUGGCUGUGCCUAUUCCUCACCGCGCAAACAAAAGUGAAUUCUGCAACCUACCCCUUUACAUGAAGACAGACCCAUUCUUCCGCAAGCAGGGCGAGCUGCACGAUCCGUGCCCGGCCGUGCCGCCGCGGGAGGCGUCCAUCCGCAGCCUGGCGCAGCGUGCGUAUCACACGCAGGGCCGCCACAAGACUCUAGACUCUGCCAAGCAGCAGGCCCUGACGCUGGGCCACUCUGGACUGGGCAGCUUGGGCGCCGGCUCGGGCACUGCCACCUUGCCCCAGAGGACUCUCACUAUGCCCGGCACCAACACAGCGGCGACCGCCUCCACGUCCAGCACGAGCAGCAACAGCGGCAACAAGAUGGGCGGCUCCAGAGACUCGCUGCUGGAGAGUAGCUCCUCCGCUCUGGGCCGGCUGCAGAAACAGAGCGUGGGCGCUUACUCCAAGUCGUACACGCUGGUCUAGUCCAGUCAGUGCCAUCCCCGCCACUUUGGUACCCUCAAAGGGCACCUUUUUUACCCAGCUGAAGGUGAGCUGCCCGCUGCCCUCUCCAUAGGUGUCCUCCACCACAGAGACCCAGCUAACUUUUGCUUUUUAAUCCUCACAUGGGACUCUUAAAGAACUACUAACUCCAACUAACAGUUCCAGCCGGCUGGUGCUCAGCUCUGCCCAGAGCAACUUAUUGAUCAUACGUGUGGAGCAAAAAGCUCUAUGAGGUCUACAGAUGCCCUCACCUCUCAUAUGCACACACUGUCCUUCAUACAGUAGGAAAAGGAUUCAUAUGGCUUCACUCGUCGCGGUUUACCUGACACAUGAAACGUGACAAAUUCGGGAGUGCACUACUCACUUUAGCCGCCAGAUGGCAGUAAAGUGUUCAAUACCUUACAAUGUGUUUUGUGGCAAUUCCAACUUUGACCACAGCGUCAGUUGCUAUGUAGAGUGGCGCUUUCCAUCAUUUUCAGCACACUGCAUUGUAAAAUUAUUAACCCCCGCCUUCCCUCUUCCUCUCACGCGAGAUCCACUUAGGAAUGGGGCCAUAUGAAUCCCUUCCCUACUUUAGUUUGAGUAUUACUGACAAUUUAGAGGGCUUCAGUUCUUUAUUCUUAUUGUAUCUUUUACCCCAUGUGUGUCUCCCUAAUCACAUUUGGCAAACUUCCUCAAAAAGAUAUAAGAAAUUAAAGCAUCUGCAAUUUCCCACCCCCGCCCCCACAUUGCAAAUAGCUAUUAUAAAGAAUGCACAUUUAUAUUUCUAUGUAGAUUUAUUGACUUCUAAUUAUGACAAAGCAUAAAUGCUAUGUGUCGUAUUUAAAGAAAUUUAAUGACAAAUUUAAGAAGAACGAGACAAUCGCUCAAUCAAUACAAAAUAAAGACAUUUAAUAGAAGAAAGUGUGGAUGCUUGGGAUGACUAAGAAGUGUUAAAGUAAGCUAGAUAUUCUUAAAAUAUAUUGAGUGAAUGGUAUCUCCGUCCUUUGAGUGCAUUUCAUGAAUAAAUAAAAUAUUUACCCAGUGGUUAUCUAAUUGUGCAAAGUGGCCACACCCACAAGUUGAUUUGUAGCCGCUGAUUCAUCGUCAUGACGACCAAAAGCUCCCAGGAAUGAUGAGAAUGAGGCGAAACAUUUUAAUGUCAGGGAUUUAAGUUGUGAAAGUGAUCAAUGAAUAUGUUUGUCGUGUCCUGUCUGAAGUACUGUAAAUGUCCCUCUGAUAUGUGCACUCACUACUGGGAUGUCUCUCUCAAGCGUCUCUAUUCUAGCAUUUUGUGCUUUAUAUUUAUUUGUUAUAUUGUUUAUGGGAGGGUGUUUGUCUGUUUAUCAUUUAAUUUUUUUUAUUGGAAGCGUAGGUUGUAGACUAAAGUCAAGUAUGUGGCCUGUGGCUUCAACCAGUUCAGCCAAACCAAAUCAGGGACUUGUAGCUCUUUUGGUGACACAAACUAAUAUUAUAUUAUGUAUAUAUACAUACUGGAGUGGGGAUGUAAAAGUGACACAUUCAGGCUCCUGUGCUCAUCCCCCCGCCCUCCUUAAGUUACAAAUAUCCUUAGCCCAAACAUACUACAAGCAGAAUGGCUACCUUUGUCAGUGUUGUUUAUAGAUCAAGUCUUGUACAUUUAAAACAGUUUUUGUAUGAAGAGCUAUUUUCGUCAGAAUGCUUCAAGGGACACAUCGCAUUGAAUCCCCCAAGAAAUCGGUAUCAACAAAUUCAAUAUUUUACUUCUGAAUGGGCAAAACACUUUUCUCUCCCUUUAUUUUGAUACUAAUUUGUUGAUUUUUUUUUACAUUCUUUUCUGAAGAUCUUUUUGAUGUUGUCAUUUGUCCCAUUAAUUUGAAUUUUUAUUUUUGUCGAUCCUCUAAAAAGUCAUUGCAUGCUUGCUAAAAGGGAAAAACAUUUGAAGGAAAAAUAUGUAUGAAAAUCCAAAACCUACAAAAAAAAAAACCAAACAAAAAAAAAACGCUGAGGGUAUCCCAAACCUUUGUUUGAGUUGCUUGUUAUAGAAAUUGCUUGUGUUCAAAAAUACAUUUUCUAUGAAAAGAAAGCAAAAACUAAAAAAAUCAUUCUAACACCUUGUGCAAUAAAGCUAUCUUUCAUACGUCAUGGUUUCUCUGUUUUUCCCACACGUCAUCAAGGCUUGAAUUAUAUAUAAAUACAGCAAAUAAAACAAAAUGCGUGCAAUUGAUGGAUUUCACAACUGUUGAGUAAAUGUUAUGUAAUAGUUUAUGAUAAGCAUUUUUUUUUUUUUUUAAUUUUUUACAGAGGAGGAAGUUGUCCACCCACACUUCAUGUCUCCCUACAAGAGGGCACCCUUUUUAAUUUUCCUGAGGGAACUGUCCUGAAGGAAUCAAUAAAGUACUGUCUAUCUAUCUAAAUCUUUAUUGGUGCACUUGUUGGACCAGCGUUUGUAGAUGAUUCCCCUCUUUGCACAAUCAUUUGCAAAAAUUGCUUAAUGUACAAUAAUUU